AUAAAAAAAUUUCAAUCAUAAUUUUUAUUAAUAAUUUUUAAAUGUUUUCAUUCAAACUCGUCAAAUUUGUUUUUUUAUUAUUUUCUACGAUUAAUUACACAGUAGCACGUUCAAGUUCAAAUGAAUCAAUAGAGCAGUUAGAUAAUUUACUUAAAUAUUCGGGAUGGAAAAAUUUAAAUGAUUUGUAUGGUAUAAAAUAUUAUAAAAAAAUGUAUUAUCUUCAGGAUUUGAUUGAAUUACCGACAAAUUUUAGUAACUGUUAUCAAAAAAUACGAGCUUUGACUGUAACUCUUGGAUGCAUAUACGCAAAAGUUAUGAAUAAUCUCUUUUCAAUUAUUAACUACAUUAUUAAAAAAUGUAAAAAAAAAAUUGAUAAAGAAAACGACUUAAUUAAUGGAUGCAUUUGCACAGAAGAACUCAUAAAUAUAAUAUCCAUUUGGAUUGUUCCAAUAGCAAUAUUGAUGAAAGGUGCUAUGGAUGCUUUGGAUUUAUCACAUUACAAACCAUGGGCUACUCUUGAAAACAAUAAUUACAUGAUAAGUCCUUUAUUAGGAAGAAUACAAGAUAUUAUUGACAUAUUAAAAAAUCGAACACUAUCACAUGAUGAUAUAUCUACAUACAAAUGGACAUUAAAUACUAUAAAUAUACAUUUUGAUAACUUAUUAAUUGAUGUAAACUUUGAAACUAUUAAGUAUUGUGAAUUGAAACCUUAUAAUCCAAAUGAUUUAUUGAAUAAAUGGACUCGAGAAUAUUUCAUUGUUAACCAAAGAGUAAACUUAAUAUUUUUAAAAUUCUUAACCAGAAAAAUUAAAGAUUAUAUCAAGACAGUAUCUAAUGAAAAGUAUUUUCAACUCGGUUUUAAAUUUGAUCCGAUCACCGAAGAAACGUUUAUACCAACACCAAAAGAGCCAAUUGAAAUAGAAUUGGAAUUUAAAACAGCACAUAAAAAGCUUCCAACGCCACUACCAGUAAAAUUUCAUUAAAUAAUUAUAAAAACAUAAUAAUAUGAUUUCAUCACUAAUUUAUUUUUAAUAAUUUAUUAUAUUAAUAUAAUUAUUUCUAACUCAUAAAAUUUUAUACUUAUAUUAAAAGUUUAUUGUAAUAUAAUUAAUU